CUAAUAUCCCUAGUAGACAAGGUGUCGUCAGAUAACAAAGAUGUUGAGAAGUGUGAUUAGAAUUCGAAAUGUAGUUGAUAAACUACAAAAAUGUAGUUAUUCUGCCCAGGCUCUACCGGUGCCACAAGAGUCGCCCAAAGUGCUGUAUUCUGGGAUUUUCAUAAAUAACGAGUGGCACAAAUCAAAAUCUGGCGAAACAUUCGAAACCAUCAAUCCUGCAACCGGCAAAGCCAUAACGGAAGUCCAACGAGGCUCCAAAGCUGACAUCGAUCUAGCAGUCGAGGCAGCCUCUGAAGCCUUCAGGUUCAAUUCAAAAUGGCGGACGACGGAUGCGUCGGAAAGAGGGAAUUUGCUGUUCAAAUUGGCUCAACUUGUAGAAAGAGAUGCUGUCUAUAUCGCAAGUCUGGAAACGUUGGACAACGGCAAACCUUUCGCCCAAUCAUACUCAAUCGACGUGCUGGAAAGCGUGAAAGUGUUGCGCUACUAUGCCGGCUGGGCGGACAAAAUUCACGGCAAAACCAUCCCCAUGGACGGACCUUUCGUUGCGCACACCAGACAUGAACCGGUGGGUGUUUGUGGCCAGAUCAUACCCUGGAACUUCCCCAUGCUCAUGUUCACAUGGAAGAUAGCUCCCGCCCUGUGUACCGGCAACACGAUCGUGAUGAAGCCGGCCGAACAGACGCCAUUGACCGCCCUGUAUAUGGCCCAGCUGAUCAAGGAGGCGGGAUUCCCCGCCGGGGUGUUCAACCUUGUGCCAGGACACGGGGAUGCUGGGGCUGCUCUGGUGGACAACCCGAAGGUGGACAAAAUAGCAUUUACCGGCUCGACGGAAGUGGGCAAACUGAUCCAAGCGAAUUCGGGCAAAUACAAUCUGAAACGCACAACCCUCGAAUUGGGGGGCAAGAGCCCCAACAUCAUUCUCGCCGACGUCGAUAUCGCGAUGGCCGUGGAACAUUCGCAUCAAGCAGUUUUCUUCAAUCAGGGACAGAUUUGCUGCGCUGGUUCUAGGACCUUCGUGGAAGACAAGAUUUAUGACGAAUUCGUCGAGAGGUCCGUGGAAAGAGCUAAGAAACGUACAGUCGGCAACCCCUUCGAUCCGAAAGUGGAGCAAGGUCCCCAAGUCGACGAAGAACAGAUGAACAAAAUCCUGUCUCUCAUCCGAGAGGGGGCCAAACAGGGUGCCAAAUUGGUGCAUGGGGGCGAAAGACACGGCUCAGAGGGAUAUUUCGUCCAGCCGACAGUAUUCGCUAACGUCGAGGACAAUCAUAUCAUCGCCAAAGAAGAGAUCUUCGGUCCCGUCCAGCAACUGUUGCGCUUCAAAGAUCUGGACGAGAUCAUCGAGAGGGCAAACGCGACCGAUUACGGCCUCGCUUCGGCCGUCUUCUCCAAGGACAUCGACAAGGUCAAUUACGUCACGCAAGGCUUGAGGGCAGGCACCGUAUGGGUCAAUUGCUACAACGUGCUGGGCGCUCAGGCGCCUUUCGGUGGUUUCAAGGACUCAGGCUUCGGUAGGGAAAAGGGCGAGGACGGACUGCAGCAGUACACCGAGAUCAAGAACAUCAUCACAGCCUUGCCAGUCAAAAAUUCAUAGUGAUUUUGUGGUACUUUUUGUUCAUUCCUUAGGAUUGCUCGACGCUGUAAAUGUGUUUUAUGUUUAAUAAGGUUGUCUUUGUUUAUCGCACGAUAUAAACAGGGAUAGCCUUAGAAAAAAUCUCUUGUUCUUCAUGUUGAGCCCAGCCCUAAGAAACAAGCUAUUCAUCUGUCUAAAGUGCAUUGAAAUGAAGAACCUCAUUACUGCUGUGUCGGUAUAAAGAAUUCCUAAAUUGUUUUUGUGGUACACUGUUUUUCGUUAUUGUUGCUCUACCCACUGAAGUCGAUUUUUGUUUUUACUAGGGUUGUCUCUGUUCAGGGGCGGCGAGUUUUGUUUUGUCCAAUGGGUGCCAAAAUUGAGGGGUCAGGGCAAGACAAAAUUAUGCGCCGCAGGCGAAAAUUUUUCAUGGUUCAAGGUCAAAUGCCAUCAAAUUUCAAGAUAGAUCAAAGCAUUAUUUAUUUUGCAUCAAGUGUGAAACACCUCUACCAAUAUAUAAUAUUUUGUGACUAAUCGGGUUUCGAGUUUAUGGUUGAUAUAUUAAUAUGAACAAGGAUGAGAAAUAGAAGAAUUUUUUUUCACCAUUGAAAAAAGUGAACAUAACUCAAAAUUUAAAACGAUAUUAGAAAAUUCAAUC